UCGCCACUUUUUCGGGUCUUCUAUCAUUUCGCAGCGACUCUCACUUCCCUAUCCAAAAAUACCAGAAUACAUAUAAUAGAGAGAGAAGAGGUUGGCAGUAGUAUUGAAAUCUUGGAUAUACAAAAACAUCAAAUGAAGCACAGAGAUGACUCUAAUGGCGACAACAAAGUCCAAGAUCAGUAAUCUUCUGAGCAUCUUAACAGCAACCCACAAAACGCCCAGUUUGGCUUCUGCUUCGUACUCUAAUGGCGCUGCGAGAAAGUUUCGGGUCGCUCCAUUUGGAGGUUCGGGUCGGUCAUUAUCGUCCUCGGUAGCUCCUCUGGAGUCGGACAUGGUGAGUUUGAAGGAUUACGAGGAGUAUAGGAAGGCUCUGUAUGGUGGCAUCACUCACAAGGCUCUCUUGGUUGAUGCUGUUGGCACUCUUGCUCUCCCCUCUCAGCCCAUGGCCCAGAUCUAUAGACAGAUUGGUGAGAAAUAUGGCGUUCAGUACUCAGAAACUGAGAUAUUAAACAGAUACAGGAGGGCUUCUGAGCAGCCUUGGGGUAGAUCUCGACUCAGGCAUGGCACCUCUGUGAUCCUGAUGCGGAAAAAGUAUUUAAGGCCCUAAGGAAUGCAGGUGUAAAAUUGGCUAUUGUGUCAAACUUUGACACUCGAUUGAGGCCUGUUUUGCGGGCCCUGAAUUGUGAUUGCUGGU